AUGGAACGUUAUGGAUUAUAUGAAGCAGCUCUAAUUUCUGAUAUUUAUUGCUUGAAGAGCGUAGAAUAUUUACUUGUACUUGUUUGUAAUAUAGAUUAAUAAAAAAACACGAAUAGCACGCCAUUGUAUGUGGCCAGCUAUGAUGGUCAUGAAAAAGUGAUUGGGCUAUUAAUUAGUUAUGGUGCUAACGAAAAUGUCAAAAAUAUUUAUGGAAGUAGAUGA